UCAGCUAAACGUUCACAGUGUUGAACCCUGCAGUUCUGAGUUGGAGCUCUGGAAAUUGUGAGCACAGCACUGAUUGGAACCUAGAAAUGGCACUGCAGGUGAGAGUGAGAUUGGCCGCCCUACUCUUGCCCGCGUUUCUGCUAUUGUGGGCAGUCUGUCGUCCCUGCCUUGCAGUUGCACAAUCCAGUGAUUCCGAGAUGUCAGCGGCAUGUCCUCCUAAAGGAUCGUGUUGCAGCGCUUGCUUCCAGGGUCCCGCGGGACCAGCUGGCCUGCCUGGGAUUCCAGGUGUGCCCGGUAAUAACGGCCUCCAGGGGUCAAUAGGUCAAAAAGGUGAGCCUGGCUCGGGACUACCUGGACCCAAGGGAGACAUGGGCGAUCACGGUCAGAAGGGGGAGCAAGGAGAGCCGGGGGUUCAGGGACUCGUUGGUCAGCCAGGGAAGCUUGGGCCGGCCGGUCCUAGCGGAGAGAAGGGGGAGAAGGGAGGAAAGGGUCAGCCUGGAGACUCGACCUACGUGACCCCAGCACCGCCCUCUGUCGUCGCUUUCAGCACUCGCAUGAGCAGUCAUUUCACAGGAAAUUCUGGCGAUGUGGUUAUUUUUGACAACACCAAAACGAACAUCGGAGACGCGUACGAUUCGCAAACUGGAGUCUUCACCUGCACAGUGGCAGGUGUUUAUUUCUUCAGCGUGACCAUCAUGGGCCUUACCUCAGGACCGAGGCCAACGGCAAGGCUGGAAAUGAACGGACAACGCAUCUUUAAUGUUCUUGACAAUCAUCCAGGCUACCACCACCAGUCCAGUAAUUCAGCGGUCCUCGUUCUGGCUAACGGGGAUACGGUUCACUUAGAGCUUUACAGUAACAGCGGACAAGGAAUUUAUGGUAGUUACUAUUCCUCCUUUUCUGGGUUUCUGAUCCAAGCGACGCAAUAAACCCAUAGCAAGUCUAGCAUUCAUCCCAAUACCAAUAAACGUGAUGGAAAGCGUCGUGUACCAGGACCAACGUGUCCAACAUACUAUCGAAGGGAACACGGGAGUCAUACAACCUUGCCCACAUUUAGCUGAAAGAUCUGUUUAACAAUGUUUGGAUAAUAUAUUAAAAAAGUACUACGGAAAAAUUCGUACAAACAACUUGCGAAAUUUGUAUUGUUAGAAAUUGUAUCUGU